CACGUGACGUGAUCUUUUUUAAGUGAAUUGUGGUCUGUGAGACAGAUUAAUUUUUGAUGAGUUCGGCUGAUAGAAUUUUAUUUAAUUUCUAAUUUAAUUUAUUUUAUUUCCUUAUAAUGAUUGACGGUCGUGCAAAUGAAUUACCCGAUUUUCAAGUGUUUCGGACAGUAAUAAAAUACUGUUUGGUUAUUAUAAUCUUACCCGUCUUGGCAUUUCUUUCAGCUAAGAUUGUAGUAUUUGAUACUAUAUUAAGAUUAGAACCUAUUUCCAGCAGUGUCUAUUCCGCAGUUAUAGCAGUAGUCGUCCUACAUGUUACGUUAGGAUUAUACAUUUAUAGAGCCUAUAGCGAAUCUGAAAGGAUUCCUUCGAAACCCGUUAAAAAAGAUUAACUUUUUAUAUUUUAACAACUUAAGUAAAGUCAGUCAUGAUGAACAAUUUAUUUAUGAAGGGAGAAUUAUUGCAAGUUCAUACCAAAAAUUCAGAAGUCAUUGAAGGAAGAUUUUAUGCAAUCAAUAGUGAUAAGUCAAGAAUUUCUCUCUAUGACAUCAAAGAAGAACUUCAAGGAAUAAAAUUGGAUGGUGUUUGUCACUACUACAACACUGAAAUACAGAAUAUAGUUAAACUGAAAGACAAAGAACUUCCUAAACAUUUGAAGAUCUCCCAAAAAGAGUGUGAAGAUAUAAUAAAACUUUCAAAAAAGUUCAUUUUCAUUAAUCAAAUUGAUAACAAUUUCCAUGAUGCUCUAGAUGAUUUAAAUCAUUAUAGCUAUGUGGGACUGAGUACUGAUGGUGCAGAUAUGGGCAGAAAGUGUAAAAUGCCUUUUCUGGUAAUGUCAACACCACAGCAGAUAUACAUAUUUGAUAUUCAAGUGAUGCAGUAUCAUGCUUUUGAUGCAGGCUUAAAACAACUUUUGGAAAGUGAAACACCAAAAAAGAUUGUACAUAACUGCAGGAAAAUAUCAGAUUGUCUUUUCCACAAGCACAAUGUGAAAUUGAAUUCUGUAUUUGAUACUCAGGUAAAAGUCCAGACAAUUUUCUUAUGUUAUAAUUUGAUGAAGCUUUACCUUUACAAGAGUAUUAUUGCAGGUUGCAGACUUGAUUAUAGCUAGGAACAAAAUGGGAUGUUUGCCUACUGCAGUCAAGUCUUUAUCUGAAUGCUUGACUUCAUAUCUUGGUCUCCAAUCCAACAUUAUUGAAGAAAAGAUUGAUAUUGUGCAAAGUACAGAGCGUCCUUUAUCACUUAAAAUCAAGGAAAAUCUAGCUAAGAAUAUAGCAUAUAUCCACCGUCUAUCUGAGAUAAUCAGUGAUGAAAUGGCCUUGCCUUUUGUGAGGGGUGUGCAAUAUUUUGUUGAUAAUAUUCGAUCAUCUGAUGACUUCAAAGCUUGGGAACUAUGUGGUAAAAAUAAUCAAAUACCAAAGGAAUUAAAAAAUGCAAUAGAAUAUUAAGUGCAACACAUUCCACAAAAUAAAUUUAUAGAAAUAUUAUUUCUAAGUUUUAUGCUCCUUUUUGUUCAGUGCUUCAUGAAUUUUUAAACUUAAUAAGGACUAGUUCAUAAAGUCAAUAUACAUAAUAUGCAUGUCAGUAUUAUGAAUUUCAUCAUAACAAGAAUUUCUAUGCUUUUGUUGGAUAUCAUACAUUAAGGCUUUUUGAAAUACUGGUAAGAUUUAUCUAAAAGUGUAGCGUUAAUUGAAGGCUUGUGUGAGUUUACUGUGAUUGCUCAAAGCAGAUUUAUUUUUCUUAUGUAUGUAUGUGUAGUCCAAGUAGUUUAAAAGUGUGAAGCUUCUGGUAUUUAAACUAGUAUUACUGUCAAUGAAUUUUUUUUUCAAUAAAUGGUCACAUGAAGAUUAAGCUUUAAAUUUUUUAGCAUUGCAGUGUAAACCUAACUUGAUAUUGUCAGUAAGAUGGAUAUAUAUUUUGUGAGAUGGUUUAUACAAUAGUGUGGUAUAAUGUAGACUUAAAAUGUAUAAAUAACAAACCACUACAAGUUUAAAAGGAGUGCUUGCUUAAAUAAAUCACAUUAAUGUAUUUC